GUUUCCCUCACACGGUCAGUCGCCGAUUUUGUUUUUUGUUUUUUUGCAAUAAAUGUUUGCCCCGCACAAAACUUAACGACGCCAACGGUGAAAACGGGCCGUGAAAUUGUUAACUUACUGCCUGGAUGAGUGGUCAGCGGCAGACUGUACCCGAGGCACUGGACGCUAUACAUGUUUACCCAAGUGCAGGCGAUUUUCCGCAGCCGUUGCUCGCCGUCUCGCUCGCUCCCCCAGCACUGCCGUCGUGUGCACUUUGUGUAAAUUACAGCACAAAAAAGACGAUUCCCAUGUCUGAAAUGUAACGCCUGCCGCCGCACAAAGUCGCAAAAGCAAUAGCAAGUAGAACCACAGACUGCCAUUAGGGGCCACGCCUGCACCGAGAGCGCCUAUCCCAGCCGCACCAGCAACACCCCAGAGUAGAAGCAAUAGGUAGCCCCCACCCUGUGAACCGGACCAUCCUCGGUUGUCCUGGCAACGGAGGAAAUCAGGACAUGCAAAGAGCAUUCCCAUACGCAGUGUGGCCUACGCUAUCUCUAUAAGAUGUCCUUGGCCGUAUCGCUGCGCCGAGCUCUGUUGGUGCUGCUCUCCGGCGCCAUAUUCAUCCUGACGGUGCUCUACUGGAACCAAGGAGGCAACAAGGUCCAGGCUUACAACGAGGCGCUGGAACGCCCCCACAACCACCAUGACGCCAGUGCCUUUCCCAUACCCGUCGAGAAGUCCUGGACGUACAAGUGCGAGAAUGAACGAUGCAUUCGGGUGGGUCAUCAUGGCAAAUCCGGCAAGAGGGUCUCGUUUAUCAGCUGCUCGAUGACGUGCGGUGACAUAAAUAUUUGGCCGCAUCCCACCCACAAAUUUGUGCUCAGCCCCCACACGCACAGCUUCUCCGUGGAGGAUGUGCAGCUGCAGGUGGACACAUCGCAUCGGGAGGUUCGUAAGCAGCUCCAACUCGCCUUCGACUUCUUCCUUAAGGAUCUGCGGCAAAUCCAACGGCUAGACUACGCCGGCAGCUCAUCAGAGCCAACGGUUAGUGAGUCCUCAUCAAAGUCAAGGCGCCAUGCGGAUGUGGAACCGGCAGCCACUCUCUUUGGAGCCACCUUUGGUGUGAAGCAGGCUGGGGAUCUGACCAGCGUUCAGGUCAAGAUCAGCGUGCACAAGUCCGGAGACCUGAACUUCAGCCUGGACAACGACGAGUCCUAUCAACUCAGCUCCAUAACUGAUGGACACCGAUUGCAUGUGGAGAUCAAUGCAAACUCAUUCUUCGGAGCUCGUCAUGGACUGUCCACGCUGCAGCAACUGAUCUGGUUCGACGAUGAGGAUCACCUGCUGCACACUUACGCCAACAGCAAGGUGAACGAUGCCCCUAAGUUCCGGUAUCGCGGGCUGAUGUUGGACACCUCGAGGCACUUCUUCUCGGUGAACUCCAUCAAGCGGACCAUUAUGGCCAUGGGUCUGGCCAAGCUGAACCGCUUUCACUGGCACCUCACAGAUGCCCAGAGUUUCCCGUACAUUUCGCGCUACUAUCCGGAGCUGGCCGAGCAUGGUGCUUACUCCGAGAGCGAGACGUACACGGAGCAGGAUGUGCGAGAGGUGGCCGAGUUCGCCAAGAUCUACGGCGUCCAAGUCCUACCCGAAAUCGAUGCCCCUGCCCAUGUGGGCAACGGCUGGGAUUGGGGGCCAAAGCGGGGAAUGGGCGAGCUGGCUAUGUGCAUCAAUCAGCAGCCGUGGAGCUUCUACUGUGGCGAACCUCCGUGCGGGCAGCUAAAUCCGAAGAACAACCACACCUACCUCGUUCUACAACGGCUCUACGAGGAGCUGUUGCAGCACACGGGCCCCACAGACUUCUUCCAUCUAGGCGGCGAUGAGGUGAAUCUCGACUGCUGGGCGCAGUACUUCAACGAUACGGACCUCCGCGCCUUGUGGUGCGAUUUUAUGCUGCAGGCGAUGGCCAGACUUAAACUGGCCAACAAUGGAGUGGCGCCACGGCACGUGGCCGUCUGGUCGAGUGCUCUGACCAACACCAAGUGUCUUCCAAACAGUCAAUUCACCGUUCAGGUCUGGGGCGGCAGCACCUGGCAGGAGAACUACGACUUGCUGGACAACGGCUACAACGUGAUCUUUUCGCACGUGGACGCCUGGUAUCUGGACUGCGGAUUCGGCAGCUGGCGGGCCACUGGAGAUGCGGCCUGUGCUCCGUACCGCACUUGGCAGAAUGUCUACAAGCACCGGCCAUGGGAGCGGAUGCGAUUGGACAAGAAGCGCAGGAAGCAGGUGCUGGGCGGCGAGGUGUGCAUGUGGACCGAGCAGGUGGAUGAGAAUCAGCUGGACAAUCGGCUAUGGCCACGGACAGCCGCUCUGGCCGAGCGAUUGUGGACCGAUCCUAGCGAUGAUCACGACAUGGAUAUAGUGCCGCCUGACGUGUUCCGCAGGAUCUCUUUGUUCCGAAACCGGCUCGUCGAGCUUGGAAUCCGGGCUGAAGCGCUGUUUCCAAAGUAUUGUGCCCAGAAUCCCGGUGAAUGCAUUUGAUAUUACCUCUAAGAAGUGAAAGUAUCCUUCUGCAAUCCCAAUCCCGCGACCUUUUCCGAAACGUGCGUUAGUUAGUUGAUAGGCCAGUUUUUUGUAUAUGGAUAACAUCCAUCUCUUUUUAAGCACACAGGCUUGUGAGGUAGGUGUGGUUGUUCUUUGGAUAUAGAUACCCUCAUGCGCGGUACCCCGGAAUAUAAAGAAACUCGGCUGCUAGUUGUUGCACAUGGCCCGCUCGACCAAUUCAAACAUUGGUUCCCAAUUCCCACCGCACUUUUCGGAAGUGGUCCCGGAGCUAGGAAUAAAAGAAGUUAGUUAGUUUAUAGUCGAAUUGUUAUUUUGUACGGAUACCUUGGCUUCGUUUCGCAAGGAAGCAGGCGACUGUUUUAAAUGGUUUCUGGCAUAAACCACGACUCGAAUUUCGUUUUCAUAGAUCAAGCAUAGAAUCUCACCCAUUACUAGUACAAUCCAUCUUGAAACAUAGCGCACACAGGCAUUGCAGUUGGAGCAGAGAAUGGUGGGAUGUAGGCAGGAAGACCUAGUAGGGAAUCAAGUUGAGGUUGAACUCUAGAGUUCUUAGACUUAGUUGUAGAUUUCAUACGCAUCAAUUCACUUACACAGACAUAGGCUUACGAUAAAUAUAUAAAUGAAUACGUAGCUUUAGAGGAUAAUUCACGAUUGAGAAAUAACAAACCUUUUGAUAUUUUAAAAGCUUUAUUCGCAGAAUAUUAGGUUUUAAGUUUAAGCUGACAUCAAAUGAGCCUUCUUCUUUUACUUUUAUUUUAGUUUAGUUUUCAGAUAAUUUCGCCUUAAGUUAAAAUACAUUAAAUUACAUUUUCAGUGAUAUAAACAAUGUGACCUUAAAAAUCGGAAAGAAAACAAAAGCUGCUAAAAGAGUAAAACUUAGAAUUAACAUUAACAAUUAAUUAAUCGUUACCAACAAUUUUUGCACGCAUUGGCACACAACUGACACUCGACUAGUUAAUCUGUAGCUAAUUUAGAAUGUACACUAAAAAUGGGAAAACAUUGUUGGGGUAUUCACAGUUUGUUCGGUUCAAUAACACUACAUUUGGAAUGAUUGAUAAAUCCCUAUGUUGGCAAUUGAUUUUCGUACUUAAGAUUUUGCAAGAAAAUAUGAAAAAAAAACAAACUGAGAACCUGAAUCCUGAACCUACAUUAGUUUAACAAUUUCUGCUGUAACUCCAAGUCACUUUCGAAAAUAAACUAAGGUCCAGACUAA